UACUUGAAGGGAUGUGUAAAUGAAUUUACGCCUUCUUAUCUCUUUGGUUAUGCAACUUGUCAAUAUUGUCUACGCGAUAAACUGGGCUUGCUCUGUUCAUCAGUGCUUGUUUCGUCGAGUUUAGUUUAGUUAGAGUUUUUUUAAAAAGAUAGGUAUGUAGGUGAUAACAGAGACCAGAGUGAUGUGUUCGAAUUUUAACGACAUUAUGUAACUUUGACUAAUAGCUGCAUGCUUAAUUUGAUCGUGCUUUUUUUUACCAUCGUUCUGUGAAGUGUAGGACUACGAACUGUUGCAGUGUACCUAUUUCGAAUUAUAGCUUUAAAAAGCGUGAAUUUUGACAUCGCGUUGUUUCUAUUCUCCUAUCCGGCCAUCGAUCGAUAGCGAUAUUAUUUACGUAAAAAUGAACGAAGAUUCGCCGAUGAAAUUACAAUGUUUGGCUGCCAAAUCGAUAUGUGUCCAUCUGUUACACGAAUGGGCCGAAGGCGAAAUACCCGUAAUCAAUGUUUGGAAACGAGCUCAGGGCUACGGUACCGACCAUUGCAAGGAUCACGACUGGUUUCUUUGGCAGAUGACCGAAAUGCAAGUACCUCGAUUCGCGUACAUAUCGAGUGAAAUUCAAAACCAAAUCGAAGACAACAUGGUACCGAUUUUAGAAACAGCCCAGACGUGGAUUCAGGCCCAUCACAGGUGUAAUAAUUUCUUCCACGAUCAACCAUCGUCUUCGUUGAACGAAUACAUCGUGAAGCUGGUUUGGAACCAUCAUUUUAAAAUCGACUACGCCGCGACUGCGAAAAAUAUCCUAACCAGUGAAAAGCUAAGUCUGUUGGAGAGGUUCAGAUUCGCCAGUGUUUAUUGCCUGGUCGACGAAAUCGAAAAGUUUCGCGGCUCGAUCGAUUCGAUACCGGAAUUUGAUUUCAAGCUAGAUCCGUUCGUAGCUUGUUGGAGCAAGUAUUUGAGAAACAAGGUACUUACGAUAUCGGUACAGAAGAAUUCGUCGAUCGAAAUGUUGCUAUUUAAUACUUCGAUGGAACACGGUUUGUGGCCAACUGUCGAGUACUUCUUCGAUAAAUUAGACUCGGCGAAGAAAACCUCGAAAUUCGAAAGUAUCCUCGAAACGUUCGGCGAAUCGUACCCGAACGAUUUCUCAGCCGGAUUGGCGCGAAAAAAAUGGAACCGACUGUGUUGUUUCGCCAGUUCGAAAAUCAUCUCCAGAAUCGUCCGGUACGGUACUCCGAACCAGGUACGAAUCGUUUGGAAGCUGUUCCAGAGUAAAAUGAGUUCGAAGAAUUUCUGCGGUAUUCUCGAAACGCUGGUAUCGUUAUCGAUGCGAAACGCUAGCGAAUUCGAAAAAUGGACCCCGUUGUUGAUGGAAAUCUGGACCGGAGCUAGUAACAAUUUGAAGCAAUCGGCCAUCGUCGAUACGAAACUGUGGCAGAGUAUCGGUGAUAAAUUCUUCGAUCAGUAUCGAGACGAACGUAUACCGGAGUUUCGUGCCCGUCGUCUGAUCAGAGAUCCGAUGAAAUUUGUCAGAAUUGUGUUGAAAAGCAUGCCCUCCAAGAAGAGAUUUUUCGAGAAAAAUUUCUGUUGGUUGAUCCUUUGGGCGCCUUUUGCUGCGAUAGAUCAGUUGAUGCGAGAUGUUCUGGAGCAUUACGAUCGCGAUGUUAUCGAGCUGAAAAAAGUCAUCGCCAAUGACCAGGUCAGAAUGCAAUGGUCGCUAAGCUCAUUGCUGGCAUGUGGCGAAUAUGAUGAAAUCGACGCAGUAGUAUCAUUUUAUCUUUCCGGUAUCGAUCGCAUCAUCGAAACAAAAACGCAGAAUGAUUUGCAAUCGUAUAAGUCGCAGUUUGUAAUGUUUCCGCAUAAUUUCGAUGCAAUGUUAACUCAGGUUUAUCGCGGUGAUUGGAAGGAAUUGUACAAGUACAUGGAGGAAAACGUUUCGUGGGUGAAUACCGAUACUCCUAGAGACGUGAUGAUAAAAUUAUUCAUGACAACCCGCAGAUAUUUUGCUCGGAAAAUCGACGAAGGCCAGAUGAACGACUUGAAGGAAUUCGUCAGCAUGAUUUAUUCGAAUACUAAACCCGAAUACGAAUUCCCUGCACAGUACCAACUGAAAUUUUUGAAAAACUUGUUCGAAAGUCGUCUGUUGAAAGUUUUGUUCAAGCCGAAUUACACCAAGGAUGGCAAAAAAAUGACUUUCGAUCGAGCUGCCUUGCAGGAUUUUUUAUUAUGGAUUUACGACGGUGACGAAGAAUUAAUCGAUGAAAACUUCAAGCAACCGCGCCUGUUUCCUGGAGGAUUUUUGGUUCAGUUGAAAGGAUGCGUUGCCGAAGGUUCCUUCCAAGCUACCGAGUCGAUGGAUGAGUUUUUGAAAUGGUGUUUUGCGACCGAAGCAGAAAGGCGACAGUUUAAACGCGAAAUGAUAUACUAUUACAGACAGUAUAAGUUGAUCGAAGGUCUGCUGAUGCGUAGAAAAUAUCGUCCAAGGAUGUUGUUGUGGUUUUUUGACGAAGAUACCAGUUUGAUUGAGAAAUUUACGACUGAUUAUGGGUCUAAUCCGAUUCGCGGGUAUUAUAUUAGCGAUGAUAGUGGCGACGAUAGUGACGAAGAAGACUGGGAUUAGAUAUUGUAGCAUUUGAAGUGAUGUACUGAAAAUGAGCGACGAAUAAAGAAAUUCAGAUUUUUGACUAAUAAUUUUCGUAAACGUAGAAUCGUUUUUUUCUUCCGAGUAUUUUUUUGUUUUGUUUGUUUAAGUUUUAUUGUUUUUGUUUUUAAAGUGAACAAUUGUAAAUUGCUCUUAAAUAAGUCGUACUAGUCUGUUUAUUUUUAAUUUUAAUUUUUUUUUUAAUAUUGAAAGUUGUUGAUCAAGGAAUUUUUUUUUUGUUUUUUUCGUCGAUCUUGAUGAUUUUUUUUUACAAUUGUUUUAUCGUAUUGUUGAAAAGUAAGUAUUUUAAAAUAAAUCGUAUUUUGUUUGCUUUUUUAUGAAA